AUGAUUUCAAGGGCCAACUCUGGCUUCCAAAGUGUCCAUCAAGGGCUUGAGAUGUUUCCUGUCACUGAAGAUAUGGUGUCACAAUCUGUGGAGGUAAACUCUGGCUCAGGUUCACCCUCUAGUUCCCUACUCUUCAAUCUCUCUGUUCUCAAAGACAAGCUUCAUCAGGUGCAGACCCUGGUUGGUGUUAUUCUCUCCCCUGAUCAAAGCCUACCCGAGUCAACUUCCAUAGCCAUAUCAAGCAUGAACUCAACAAUCCAAGAAAUCAUAGUAACUGCCACUUCAAUGAUGUUCACCUGCCAACAGAUGGCUCUCAGUUUCCCUCCAGGUACUACUACCACUUGCAUCAUCAACAAUGAAUUGCACCAGCAACAAUCUCAUCAUCAUGACAAGUUGCCACACUCAAAUUUAGGCAAUAAUAGGGGUGUGCUUAGUAACAUAGGCACAGAUAUUAGAGGUCAGAGUUUAUUUUCUAGUACUGAUUCAGAGGCAUUGGAUUGGUUUGGUGAAAGCUAUAAUAAUAAUAAUAAAAAUAAUAUUAGUUGUAAUAGUAAUAUUAAAUAUAAGCUGAAGGAUGAUGAUAGAAAAACCAAUAAAAGUAGGGGAGGAUUGUGUAAAGGGGAUGAAACUAAUGAAGGUUAUAGAGGGAUUUCACCAAAGAAUUCAGAUAUAAUUGAAUUGGAUGCUGAGGAUUUGUUGGCAAAGUACACUCAUUAUUGUCAAGUAUGUGGCAAAGGGUUUAAGCGUGAUGCGAAUUUGAGGAUGCACAUGAGAGCUCAUGGGGAUGAGUAUAAGACUAGUGCUGCCUUGAGUAACCCAAUCAAGAAUAGAGGGAACUUAGAUUGUUUGGUGAGUAUGAAACCCAAGAAAUAUUCAUGUCCCCAAGAAGGGUGUAGGUGGAACCAAAAGCAUGCCAAGUUUCAGCCAUUGAAGUCCAUGAUUUGUGCUAAGAAUCAUUACAAGAGAAGCCAUUGCCCCAAAAUGUACGUGUGCAAGAGGUGCAACCAGAAGCAGUUCUCGGUGCUUUCUGAUCUGAGGACCCAUGAGAAGCAUUGUGGGGAUCUCAAGUGGCAGUGCUCGUGUGGCACUACAUUUUCCAGAAAAGACAAGCUUAUGGGUCAUGUUGGUUUGUUCGUUGGACACCACCCAGCUAUCACUGGCUUAUCAUACUCAAGCAAAUUAGAGCAGCAGCCAUUGCAAAUGCAGAUCGAUGGUAGUUCAACAUGA